AGAAUGUUGGAAUGCCGUGGAAAUGGAACUCCAGUUGCUUGGGAAUGGUUCAACUACUUUGGGAUUUCGAAGCAAGCCAACGGAGAACGGCACAUUAGUAUAGAUUACAUUUUCACAGCAGCUAAAGAACGGAACACAUUGAUUCACAGCAAUACAAAAAUACGAAAGAAGCAACGAAAGAAUGGUGACUAAGUUCAGAGUGGGGCUAUUUUUAGCUCUGCACAUAUUUGCCGUUACUGGAGAGUUCCUUACCGAGGGCAUAGAAGUGGAUCGUUUCUGUUAUCCCGAACUGCACAAAAAUACCCGAAAAUCCUGUGAGUGCAACAGCGACAGUUCCCCACCAUGGGGUCUGCGGGUGGUGAACAUCGACUGCAGUUUCAAGAGUUUGAAAACCGAAGAUUUCUCCGAAAUGCUGCCUUUGUAUACGGAUCGCUUGGAUCUAACCUGGAAUGCUUUGCAGCGGGUACCCGCCCUGUCCAGUGAAACUCUACGCCAUCUCAAUCUCAUGCACAACAACAUAUCGAUAAUUGUGGCCAAGAACUUUAUAAACAUGCUCAAUUUGCGGGAGUUGUAUCUUAGCUGGAACAGUAUCCAAUCGAUCGAGACCAAUGCUUUCGACGAACUUGGUCAUUUGCAAAUUUUGGAUUUGUCCCACAAUAACUUGCACAGUUUGGGCUUUCAAAUCUUCUCGCCAUUGAUGAUUUUGGAGUCUCUGUAUUUGUCAUGGAAUCGCCAAUUGAAUCAGACGGAGGGUAUUCAAGACUUGGAUUUCUAUCAAACAUUUGGUGUCAACAUCAAUCUGAAAACCCUCAAACUCGAAGCCUGCAGCCUGGGUAAUAUCACCUUGCCCAAGAAGGUGGUGCUAAAAGAAUUGGAUUUGAGACGUAAUCGCCUGACCGAAGUUCCCCAAAGCCUCCCAUCCACUUUGGAGAAAAUUGAUUUAAGUGAAAACCUCUUCCUAACCCUCAACGAGGAAGACACCAAGCGUCUGCCACAAAUACGUGAGCUGUAUAUGGAAGAUAUGCCUGUGCUGCACACUUUGGAUGAAAAUGCCUUUGUGCCGCUGCAAUCGCUGGAAAAGAUUAGCUUCCAAAACAGUCGCCGUCUGUCCCACAUUGAUGGUCACACCUUUGGGGCCAAUCCCACCCCUUCACCGCGCCUGCAUUCCAUGAUUUUUCGUGGUACUGGCCUGCAGUCUUUUAACUCCACGCUUUCGCCAAUAUUUUUCCAACUGUCCGCCUUGGAUCUGCACGGUGUGCCGUUACGCUGUGACUGCAAUCUAGUGUGGCUGAAAAAUGUACGACUCGAGACGAAUGGUCGCUGUUUCAAACCUUCUCGCAUGCGAGGCAUUACCUUGACAUCGGCCGAUGCCUCCGAUUUUAGUUGUGAGCGUUGGCCCCGUUGGAUCUAUGGCAUUAUAAUAUUGGGUCUCAUUGUCCUCUGUUCGGUGGGCAUCUAUCUGAUAGUAAUGGGCCUAAGGCCACAUGGUGGAGUUACAAUGCGUCGCAAAGUUGGUCCGGGAAGUCCCUACUCUCGUGUCACAAUUGAACCCAAUCGCCAGGAACAAUACUGAGAGAGCAACAUGACAAACUUAUAUGUUUAGAAUUGUUUAGCAUUCUUGCAAUUUCCAUGAAUUUUACUUUUUUUGUAUGUUUAUUUAUUUAAAACAAUAGAUUAUAAGAAUUAUAUUGUUGUAAACAUUUUUAAACUUUUGCCAAAUAAAAGAACACCUUUUUGUGUUUUCUUAACUCUGUUCAGAAGUAAGAUCCACUUAAAGUGGUUUUUACAAAAA